UAACAGUCAUCGAAAACCCCGCCCACCGGAAGUAACGGUGCACUUGUCAAAUACUGUACAUUUUAACAAUGGCUAUAGCUCACGUUGCGACUGAAUAUGUAUUUAAUGAUUUUUUAUUGAAAGAACCCUGCGAAUCUAAGUACAAAGGCGUGCGGCUGGAACUGGCCUUGGACAAACUGGUCAGCUUUAUCGCGGUUGGGCUUCCUUUGUUACUCAUUUCCCUCGCCUUUGCACAAGAAGUCUCUGUUGGUUCCCAAAUCACCUGUUUUCCACCCACCAGCUUCUCAUUGCGGCAGGCUGCAUACGUAGAUUCCUUCUGCUGGGCUGCAGUGGAGAGUCACUCCGCAGACAAUAGUGCCCCCCUUCGACUACACAAGUUCUUUCCUUAUAUCCUAUUGCUGGUCGCCAUCAUCAUGUAUAUUCCUGCUCUGUUGUGGCGUUUCACGGCUACCCCUUCCCUUUCCUCUGACCUCAAUUUUAUCAUGGAGGAACUUGACCGUUGCUACAAUCGUGCCAUCCGUCUAGCUAAGAGCCUAACGUCCAACCUUGAUGGCAAAGACACUGCAGAAGAUCCACACAGUGGUAUUGAAUUGACUGAAGGUUGUUUUAAGUACCCUCUGGUCGAGCAGUACCUAAAAACAAAGCGUGCAUCAUGGGCUUUGGCAGCGAAAUAUCUUCUUUGUCGGGUUUUAACCCUCCUCACUUUACUGCUUGCCUGCUUUUAUCUGACAUACUACAUCUUUUGGGUUUCACCAAGUGACCAGUUCUCCUGUAACCUGCGCACAGGUAUAUUAUCAAAUGAGACUGAGGUACCAGACGCAUUGCAGUGUAAACUAGUGGCAGUGGGUGUAUUCCGCCUCCUAAGCUGCAUUAAUGUGGUGAUGUAUAUAGUGUUAGUACCUGCUGUGGUCUAUGCUGCCCUUCAACCUUUUCUUGAACACCAGCGUGCCCGGUUUCUCCAUCCAUACCGCCUAUUGCCUGCUUUCGGGCAUGCCCUCGAUUUAGAGCCUACAGGUCGACGCUAUGAUGACCUCAGCAUCUAUCUGCUGUUCCUGGAGGAGAACUUGAGUGAGCUUAAGAGCUACAAAUGUUUGCAGGUAUUAAAACUGCUGUCAGAGGAAGGAGAUGCAGCGUUUGACACCAUGUGUCUCCUCAGGACUUUGGGACAAGUGAGGACUGACAUGGUGGACAGGAAACGAUCCCAAACAGUCGAUGGAAAAUCUCAAUUAACUAGGACAGAAAUAAGUUCUGAACAGAAAGGUAAGCGUGUCAUUGGAAAAGUAAACUUAAUCUGGCAGACAUUUUUCAGAAAUCAGACUACCAAUUCACAAUUACACAAAAGCAUAAUAACAACAAAAGCAUUUUUUUGUUUUAUAUCAAAAAAGUAUAACAAUAAACAACAACAAGAUUCGCUUAAUAGGACUAGGUGUUAUAAUCCCACUAUUUCAGCACAGUUUAAUUGCCCAAUAGGACAUUUCCCACGCCUUAUGCAUGACAGAGGGAAGCAGUCAAGAAUAUGAAUAGAAGAAAGGAGGUCUGAGGUUUCACUGGGUUCGUCGGGUAGGCAUCCUCUGUGUUUGGGGGAUAAAUGAUUAUAGAAAUACAUAACAUAUUUGCCUUUCCUUGCUAUUAUCAGAAAGACAUCUCAUGAGUUGUGUGUCCGAUCCCACUUUCAUCACAUCCAUUAUUCUGGGUGAAAGAUGCCUUUUGGUGAGGUGCUGCUGAUAAUGCCCUUUGUAUGGUUCCCAUCAAUGCGACACAUCGUCAGUUGUGCACCUCAGCCUCAUUGGGUGUUUUUGCCCUUUAUCACAAGACACCCUCAGCCAAGGGAGGCCCACCGCAGGUUGAUCAGACCUGGGUGUGUGUUGCAUUGUUACAAGGUCAUCUGGCAGCCCAUGCUGUGUCCAUCCGCCUCAACCACAGCCAUUGGCUUCUUCUUUCUGCACCACUGGCCAGUUCUUGAAACAUAGUUAUAAAAUAUUACUAUCAAACAGUACCAAAGCAUUUAAUACUGUGUAUAUAUGUUUUAUCUCUAGAUGUUUCCUCUGUUCUGCUGGAUGAUGGCGUACACACAGAGAAAAGCUGCAGCUGUGUGAAAGAUGUGAGACACAGGGUGGUCUGAAUUAUUAUUAUAAUUCUCUCAUGUUCGAAGGUUUCAACAUGUGGUUUUAAAAGCUAUACUGCUAAUACUGUGAAAGGUAGUCCAUCAAUUAUCAUUUUAUCACUAGUCCACUAAAAAUAAUAUUAGAAUACAACUGCACUGAUUUACAAAACUGUGACUGUUUAUUAAUACUGUAUAAAAAAAAUUCUGUAAAUUGAAUGUGAAUGUAAAUAACAUACCAGAAUAUGCAAUGCUUGAAACUAACAGUAAAAUAUUUAAUGGUUUACAUUUACUAAAAAAUGUGAUCUGGUGGUUGGCUAAAUACAAUUACAAUUUUGCUGCUGUCCUUUUGAAACCUUGUAUCUCCAUAUAUCGCUUUUUUUGCUUAAAUCAUUAGUAACCCUUUAUGUUUGUCACUGCUUUUUGCAAAAAUCUAAGCAAUUAAAAAGUUAUAAAAAGUGCUUGUCGACACAGUAUUUAAUAAUUUAAAAGUACUGUGUUAUUUCCAGUUUCUGAAAAACAGUGAAUUUGGACAUCCAAGGUUGUGGAAGGACAGCAGCAAUAUUGAUGUGCAUGUUUGAGGAUACCUUAUAUCAGUUGGAAUGGGGUAUAGAGUAUGAGAUACAGUGCAAUGUGUGUAUAAUCUCUCUUGAAAUGUUUGCUUACAAACAAACAGAAAUGAUCUUUGUCACGAGUGAAAAAUAAGAAAAUGUUUAAAUCCUUUUCUUCAGAAUGUUCUCCAGACCACAUAUAUGCAUCCUUUAAAAAAUAUAUCAUAGCAGUGAUAUAACUGCCAAGAAGUAAUGUUUUUUUCAAGCCAAUGCUUCAAUAGUAACAAUUUUAUUGUUUUAAUAUAUGGAUCAUGUGAUUGCAAAAUGAAGAAAAUCUUUAUCAUCCUGAGGAAGCAUUGUAUAGUAGAGGGUUAAGAAAGGAAAAGAGAGAAACAUUGCCUAAUGCACUGCCUAAAAGCAAUAUCUAAAAGCUAUACAACUGAAAUGUACAUUAGUUUUGUUUAAAGUUAUUUUUUACUUUUGUAUAUAUGGGAGCUGUUUUCUGUAGUAAGUUUAAUUGUAAUAAUAAUUAAAUUGAAUACUUUUUUCAUAUA